CUCCCUCUCCCGAACCUCCGCUCCCUCCCACUCGCCAUCUUCCCACUCCAUCUCAAGCCUCCCUCCUCUCUGAAUCCGUCCUCCGUUCCCCACCAACAAGGAAUUGAAGGACCAGGGAAUCAGGGAGAGAUCGCUCGCAGGAGAGUGAGUUCAGGGCGAUGACGACGCUGGGGAAGAGGCACAGGAACGACAGCUCGCUGCGGCGGACGACGAGCAUGUCCGGGUUCGAGGUGCCGGGGGCGGAGGAGGCGGGGCGGCAGCCGACGCGGGCGGCGAGGGGGGGAUCCGCGGCGCCGACGCCCUCGACGGCGGCGGUGUGUGGCGGCGCCGUGCAGAGGCGGCACUCGGGGGACUUCCACGCGGCGAUGGAAACGGCGGCCUUCUUGCAGGCCUGCGGGCUCUGCAGCCGCCGCCUCGGACCUGGCCGCGACACCUUCAUAUACAUGGGGGAAGUGGCCUUCUGCAGCCUUGAGUGCAGGCAGCAGCAGAUGAACCUGGACGAGCUCAAGGAUAAGAAAUGCUUCCCGCCCGCCGGCAGCGCUGGCUCUGACGGCACCAGCAGCACCGUAGCUGCCGCCUAGCAUUGCCGGAGAGCAAAAGAAAGGAAAUUUUUGGGGACCCUGUAGGGAACCAAAUCCAUUAGUUUCUGUCAACAAUGUGAUAUGCAUACAUAUAUCCUAUAUGUGGUGUUCUGUUGUGUAUAUUGCUGGUUCAGGUUGGUGAGCCAAAAUGGGAGGAGGGGGUUGUAGAAGUUGGAACUGGGACUAGGGAAAGCUUGCAAGUGGUAGUGCACCUACAGGUGUGUAGAGCAGAAGGGAGUACUGCUUUGUAUACUGCUGCAAAUUAGAUCAUGGGAUUUGGAGCUACUAUUGUUAAAAUUAUAAAAAAAAUCCCAAGGAAGAACUUAAGUUCUCCAGAUUGUUGGAAAGUA